AUGCUUACGCGAAGCAUACAUCAACCACCAAACGGACGAGUGUCUGGGAGCCACCUGUGCAGCCGGUACAGAACAUCAGGUUCUUUGCCAGAGGAAAAAAAAGAGUUUCUGCAAAAUGGACCAGGCUUACAAGACUUUGUAUCGGGAGAUUUGUCGGACAAGAGCGCGUGGGCUGAGUAUAAAGGCAAUUUAAAGCGCCAGAAAGGAGAAAGGCUGCACCUUCCUCCGUGGCUGAAAACAAAGAUUCCUAUCGGAAAGAACUACAAUAAACUAAAGAAUACCUUGAGAAGUUUAAAUCUUCAUACGGUCUGUGAAGAAGCACGUUGUCCCAACAUUGGAGAAUGCUGGGGAGGUGGUGAAUAUGCUACAGCUACAGCUACUAUUAUGCUGAUGGGGGACACGUGCACGAGAGGUUGCAGAUUUUGUUCAGUAAAGACAGCAAAAAAUCCACCUCCGCUGGAUCCCAAGGAGCCGUACAACACAGCAAAGGCUAUAGCCGAGUGGGGCUUGGAUUACGUUGUGUUGACGUCUGUGGACAGAGACGAUAUGCCUGACGGUGGAGCAGAACACUUUGCAAAGACAGUCUGUCAUCUGAAAGAAAGGAAUUCAAAAAUUCUGGUCGAAUGCUUAACGCCCGAUUUUCGAGGGGACCUGAAAGCUGUGGAGAAAGUAGCCUUGUCGGGGCUGGACGUGUACGCCCACAACGUGGAGACGGUGCCCGAAUUACAGAGGAAAGUCCGCGAUCCCCGAGCCAACUUUGAGCAAUCCGUACGUGUGCUGAAGCACGCUAAAGCGGUCCAGCCCGGCGUCAUUUCUAAAACUUCCAUUAUGCUGGGGCUAGGCGAGACAGACGAACAAGUGUAUUCAACGAUGAAAUGUAAGUUGGCAUCGAAAUAUAUGCCAAAAUUCACAGUAUUGCGGGAAGCAGAUGUAGAUUGUUUGACCCUAGGACAGUACAUGCAACCAACAAAACGUCACCUAAAGGUUGAGGAGUACAUAACUCCUGAAAAAUUUAAGUACUGGGAAAAAGUAGGAAACGAUCUUGGAUUCCAUUACACUGCUAGCGGGCCUUUAGUGCGCUCCUCUUAUAAAGCAGGUGAAUUCUUCCUGAAGAACUUGGUAGAAAAAAGAAAGACAAAAGUCAUCUGAAAAUGAGAGUGAACCUAUUUAAAGCAGCCAGUUUUAAGGAUCCUUUUUUUCAGCGCGUAAUUAUACUCAGUUCCAGCAAUGCAGAAGACCAGGUGGUGGAUGUAUGAACAAACCUACUAUCUGUCCAGGACACUUCUCUCUCACCAAAACACUUUGUAGUAUUUUACCUAAUUCCUCCUGGCAAGGCUACAACUACAUAGUACUUUCAGCAUCCAGCAAAAAGUCAGAAAAUAGAACUGAUUUUGAAAGAGUGAUGGAACUGAGGUGGAAGAAAAGUAAGCUGAAAAAAACCCAGACAGAUUUAAGUAAACAGGUUUGAUACUACCAUCACUCUUGCUGCAGUUAGGUACUUGUAAAGAUGCUAAUAAUGGGCAAUUUGAAAGGCACUGAUAUUUUGGUGUAUCUUACCAUUAUGUAACACAAGUUUGCAGGGACUCUGGGAAAUAGAGGAGUUCUAAAGACUGGGUGCAUGACAAAGGACCAUAUUAGGGCUAUCUUGAAGCACACCAGAGAAAGCAUCCUUCAAGAGAUGGUAUCUCUUACCUGCAUUUUAAGAAAAAGAGCUGUACCAUUCUGAUAGCUAAUGCUUUUCAGGUGCUUGCACGUCUCAAAGCGUGAGCCUUGCUAAACACAAGGUAUCAAGCUGAAGAAAGCAAGAGCCCUUUCUGGCAAGAGAAUUAACCUUGUGUAGAUACCGUGUAAUUUAAACCAUAUGGAAAAUCAGAGUUGCCGUUAACAGCAUAAAUAGAGCCACCCCUAGUUUGGGUGCGUGACUGUAACAAACCCCACUGAGUUGCACAGGUGCUUCUUCGGUAUCGGGUGUGCAGAACUGCUGCGAUUCUGUACCGCGCUUCUCCUCUGCGGGAAAGUUAAAAACCCAGGCUAAGGGUGUGGUGGUUGUGUUUGAUUGGUCUGGUUACCUGCCCCUUGGAGACCCGCUCUGGCUGUUAAGUCCAAAUGCAGAGAAGUGAAUGCAUUAUAGACAAAACAUGAAAUCCAUUACAGAGCAUACUAAACUCAAGCAGAAAUAAAACCAUGGCUUAUGGUAUACUGGCAGCUGUAAAUUCUUCUCUUUACAGUCACAGUAGUUCAAAGUGCACCUCUCCCUAAUAAUUCUCAGUUGUCUGCUACGGACAUUAGAUACAGUUUUUGAACUGGCUUAAGCUGUAUCUUCAUGAAGUUAUUUGGGAAACAUGCCAGGAAUUUGUUAUCUGGUCCCAAACUCUCAUCACGCAGAUAAUCCUGCGGCUGGCGAUAGUACUUGUCUAUACGAAGUCUGUAGUCUAAACGAAGAAGAGUGAACCCCAAGAAGAGUGAACCCUCCGCCCACCCCAUACUCAGCAAGAUGUUAGAAGCAAGGCAGCUAAUUAGCAAGUUAAUACACAGGAGAAACUUGGUAUUGUCAUGAACAGCAAAAAUUAGAUUACACCACUAAGGCCAGUGAUGUACCACAAAAUGAAGUAUAUCAAUGUUAAAACAUUAUGAAGACAAAUAGCCUUAAGCCAGAAGGAAUGUACUAGUUAGUUAAACAGUAUAACGGGAGUGUAAAUUAGGGGAAGAGAAAUCUGAGCUAUGAAGAACAGAGAAACAGAAGUCCUUAUAGCUGUACUUUGUAAAGGCAGAGAGAAAGGCAAGGCUUCUUUCUUUAUUAAAAAAAAAAUUAAAUUCUAAAAUAACAACAACUUUUACAACUUUAAUUAAAAAAAAGCCUGACCACUAGUCUUGGAAAGAGCAGGCAUACUUUGAGCCAAAAAUGCCCUGCUUCAGCUGAAGUACACGGAAUACCAGAGCAGUGGAAGGUUAUCAGCUAUGACAAGGAAAUUCAAUACUCCCUCCAUGGCAGCAGGCAGGGAGGGGUGCAACACUAACCCCAGGAUACCCACACAUUUAGCAGCUGCCAGCCUUUAUUAGAGAUCCUACUAUAAAUAAUGGCUCUAACAGAACAUUACCAGAACUUUUACCAAGUUACUGCUCUUUCAGCAUAUCAACACCAGAAAUACGGAAAAAGGAAUUCUGAGCCGUACAGCUAUUAUCAAACUGGGACAAGAGGGCAUUGCACAGUAAUUACCAUGACUUCUUUACAGUGAGAGAGAUGAUAAUGCUUCUGAAGAGAGUUGGGGUGGUUCAGCCUGGAGAAGAGAAGGCUCCAGGAGACCUUAUAGCAGCCUUCUAGUACCUGAAGGGGCCUACAGGAAAGCUGGAGAGGGACUUCUUCCAAGGGCGUGUACUUAUAGGACAAGAGGUAAUGGCUUUAUACUGAAAGAAGGUACAUUUAGAUAAGAGAAAAGGAAGAAAUUCUUCAUUACAAGGGUGCUGAAGCACUGCAACAGGUUGCCCAGUGAUGCUGUGGAUGUCCCAUUGCUGGAAGUGUUCAAGGCCAGGUUGGAUGGGGCUUUGAGGAACCUGGUCUGGUGGAAGGUGUCCCUGCCCAUGGCAGGGGGGGUGGAACUGGAUGACCUUUAAGGUCCCUUCCAACCCAAACCAUUCAAUGAUGAUUAUGAUGGAGAAACACAGUCCCAUGUUAUUCCAUGCUAGAAUUAUUUUAUGAGUUGCUGCUGGGUGGUUCGGAGGAUGAUCUCACACUUUUACUCAACUGUCUGCCUGCUGGGACUGAAUUUCAGAAGCUACAUAAGCUAUUUUCUAACUGCAUGUUUUGCACUGUGGUUUCUGAGGAAAGCAGUCACAUUUUGAUUUCAUAGAUUUUUUGUCUGUUUAACAGUCUUUGAGGACCUCUCACAAUUUGUACUGUAAAAAUGACAAGUCUUAAAGUCCUUGUCCUAGUUAAGAAAUCCUGCUUUCACAUCUAUCUUCCUUCUCUAUCACCCAUUCAGUUUUUCCGUAACUGUAUGUUAAAGCACCAAACUCUCACAGAACUCUGAUUAUAAAUUCAGCGCAGGUUCCCUGACUAUCUCAGUUUUGUUUCUGAUGAAGUUUCAUGUUUAGUGACAUUUUGUAUAUCAAUCACUUCAUUCUGUCAGUUUGUUUCACAAAGCAGCCAUAAAAUAUUUUAAGAAACAUUAAUCUUCCUUGCAAUCAGGAAAACAUCACACUGAGUUUUGGGAAUACGAGUUCAAGUUGACACAGAGACUUUAAAAGAACGGUCUUUUUUAGCAUCAUUACAUCAAUCUACUACACUGUGUGAAGCGUAAUUAAGUGCUAUGCAGCUGACUAGAGAACUGCGUCUUCCAGUAACUUCAAGUCUUUAGGUUAAAUCGACAAAGCCAGUGUUCAUUUAAGAAUAAUUUUAAGUUUUUUUCUACUUGAUUAAUAAUUAAUAGUGGUGUCCUCUUCAUUUAAAAAUAAAGUGUCAAGUACUUCCACUUCUUUGCUACAACACGUGGCAACUUGCUGCAGAUGUUCAACUUGCAAGAGAAAUUCUCAGCUUGGAAUAGAAAAAGCAAGUAAUGAAAAUUGACUCCAGCUCCUAAAGCAAUCCUAGAUAACCCAUUAUGCUUUCCUGCAUUGUUUUACAAUCCAUUUCAAACUUCAGCUGUUGAGCAAGAUUAUAGCACUCCUGUAAGUUCCAGAUAACAGAAGAACCUCAAGUAAUAGAAGUGUAAACCUGUUGGCCAGCACAAAAUCUCACCGCUAACUGCUCCUAUACUAACUAGUCGUGGUCAAAAAUGCGUUUGUUCUAUUCGCUUGCAAUAUGAUCUUGGCUAUCAUAUGCCUGGAACCAGACUAGUUUUAGCUGCACAAGGGGUUGAACACACAUACACAAAAGAAAAAUUAUGCAUCUUGCCUGGCAUUUACAAUUUGUCUAUGCACAUCCUGAGUAAGGCUUAAUUUAUGCAGACUAUAUCGUACCAUUCAUAGGCUUGUAUUAAAGCUGGAUUUGCUUCAGCUGUUGUAUUCACAUUUUUGCAGUGAAAAGCGGUGUUACCGUGGGAUUGUAUUUUAUUAAGAACCCCAUAAAAAAAGACUUUCAGAGCACAGGAGUCCAUUACUCAUAUUACACAAUUCUCAUCAAGAGUUACAUGCUGUAAGAUCCUGUAGACAAAGCCUCAAUAGCAUUAAACCCCAUCUCUUAAAUGCGCUACUCAGGCCUUCAAAGCAGGUAUGCAAGUCAUCUCCAAUCCUUAUUUCCCUGGCAACUGUACUCUGAAGGGGACAGAUUAUGCUUCGCCGUACUGCAAAAGCUUCUGAAGCUCGCUCCUUUGGCCCAAGGUAAGGUUCUCUUGCAUAUGUGCAAGGUAGUGAUUUCAGUAUCCUGAAGGCAUGCACCAACAGCUGUUCAGAUUGGGUUCAUCCCACAAUCCCAGUGUCCCACUAAAAGAAAGCAGCCGCCAAGAAACGUAAGUAAGCUGACUCCAAGAAAGCAAGGGAAACACCAGUACCAGUUUGACCCCUUGUUGCUCUUCAUAAAGGAUCAGCCACUCCCCCUUUCCUAAGAAAGGGGAAUUAGUGUGAUCCUACUAUAAUGAACUUUCCUAUACUUUAUAAUCCUUAUGAUUAAGCCACAAGUCACUAUCCAGGCUUUGACUAAGCCUGUAGGAGGCACAGAAUAGGAAUAUAGCACCGAGUUCCUUCAUCUCCUUGGGACGGCGUGUGAAAAGCCUCUGGGAGCCUGAGGAACACUGAUCAGCCUUACAGCUCUUGCGUGCUCCUAACAAGAGCAAUGCUUCACACAAGAGCUUAAUGGUCCAUCUGUCUACUUCAAACUGAGGAGGACAGGUCCCAUGCGGAGGCACCACUAUUGGCUCUGUGCAAGUUUCUGAAAAGCUUCCUGAUUUUCUGAAGCUGCUGCUCACCCUCCCUGCUAAGAUGAGCCCUGAAGCAGUGCUGUGCUACCCUGAACAUAGUUCAGGACAAGAGAUCCUUCGAGCACAACUUGUCAGUACCCUCUUAAUCCCCAAGGAGAAAUGACCAGCUUGCCCUCUCAGGUGCUGUGGGGGCAGAGGCAGUCAAGAAGAUGCCUACCUGCAAAGCCAGGGUGAUCCACCAGUUGGACUACAAUGCUUACAAAUACCACAACUGUAUCACCGGGUCGUCCCUGCCCCGUGGGUGUCGUACAAGAGCAGUGCUAGUGAAUCGGGAAGAGGAGAUGGCAUGAUGAAAGAUGACAGUUUGAUUUUAAGCCCCCCAUAAUUCUCACUCACUUUGAGUGGCUUCUGAUGCACUCCUCACAGAAGAAUCUUACGCUAGGACAAAAAGCCCAAAGCAUAUGUGCCCAAAGUGCUGCGUGAUCGCUGCAUAAUAAGCCCCUACAUUCAAGCCAUUAACGUGCAGAAUCUGAAAGCGGCUGGUUCAAGGAUACAGCUGUUUCAGCCAGAUAGCACUGUCUUGUAUUGCCUACCCAAACUGUUAAACAGGUUCCUUAAAUCGUCAGAUGGCUGUCCAAAUAUUCCGUUGUUCUAAUAGCUUAAAUUGUAUCGACAUUUCUGUGGGUAAAGAGUUUUGAUAAUAGCACUCAUUCCCAAGGUGACACUGAUCCUAUGCUCUGUUUAACUAUUGAUACAGCAUACCUGAAAGCAUACCUAUUGAAUAAAUUCAGAAGGUAUUACAUGACUCGUUACAGGACAAUUCUCUAACAUCCCAACAUUACUAUUAUUCAACUAAGACAUCUGUGCCUUCUGGUCUGAAACCUGUUCACGGUCAUCUUUCUCUAUCCUCCCCUCCAUUUCACAACCCCAUGCAACAAGCCAAACGCAAACUCUGUCAUCUCAAGGAUUUUAAUAGCACUGGCCAACUGAAAAUAAUAAAAACAAGUAGAAAUAAAGUAAUAGUAAAGGCAAAAAUAUCAAGAUAACAUAGGAAGUAUUUUUUUUUUUAUUCCUGCUAAUUAAAUGAGGUAGCAAGCUGACUAACUUUCGGGGCUGAAUUUUUAUUUUUUAAUCAUUUCUUAACAGCAGAGAAUAUUUUUUUGCAGAUUCAUUAAGAAAGCUGCUUUCAGUUGAAGUAUGUAAGCAGAAAGGAAUGAAAAAAAAUAACUACCGGGUAGCUUUGAAGCCAACACUUGCUUUCUACAUGGAGUGACACCAGAUUAAGGUAAUUCUGCUUAAUUCAAUGUUCAAACAAGCAGAACGCUCCUCUGCUGAAGAUGGGUUGUAUGGCUGCCACUUAGGAAAAACUUGCCCCAGGAAUCUGAUCAGAUCAAUAAUUAUGUGGCUGCACACGGAAUGUAGGCAAGACAACCAACGAAUCAAAAGUAAAGGUCUGCCAGUGGAUCAGUUUAUAGCUGUUCAUCCACUGUUAUUAAUUACAUGAUAGAUGCCUGCAGAACUAUCUGGCCUCCCAACAGAUGCAGUUUAGGCUGCACCAGUGCCAGUUGAUCCCAACCAGGAUCGGGGUAUUAUUGUUGCCAUCAGCUCUGUUUCUGGGCUCAAACCAAAUCCUACCGAAUUCACUUAGAACUCUUUUGACUUCAAUGCCAGUUAGAACAAGCGUUUAACUGGGCAAAGAAUUAGCCCAAAAGAAAAUGAAAAAUUGGUGAGCCCAAAGUUCCUAAUCACUGUCCGUAACUGGACUAAAAUAAAAAGAUGUUCUAUUUCUUUUGCUUUCAUAUCACUUGAAACAAAGUGCAAUUUAGGAACAUUUCUGGAAGCAGAAAUCU